AAUUUCACAUUUCAGGUCUCAAAAAUUGGCGCACAAACCAAAAAAAUUCCCCCAAAUUUCAUUUGAAAAUCCCUCCAAUUCACAUUUCAAAUACAACAACAACCCAACCCAACCUAAAAAAUUUCCCCCAAAUUCAAUGGCAGAUUUCGGAGCUCCAUCUUUCUCUCUAGGGCUCGAAUUCGACAUUGAUUCGGAGCCCCAAUCCACUGUACUACCAAAACCCCCAAUAAACUUACAAACAAUCAAUGAAUUUGAUGAUGACGACGAUGAUUUUGAAUCCCCCAAAACGGGUAAUGACCCGCAAGUUUCGGAUCCACCUAGAUCUCUCAAACGACUGCGUCGGGGCUCCAUUUCAAAACCCGAACCGCCGGCCCAAAAGUUGAAGCUAGGAAAGGAAGCAUGGUGUAAUGUGGAUGAUGAUAUUGAAGAGUUUUCUUCUCAAGAAGAUGAACCUAAGGAUCAUCCAAAAUGUCACAGUUCCGUGUGCAGCAGUUCAAAAAUCCCGUUACAGGGGCAUAGGGUAUUAUCCUCACAAUCUGCAAGCAGAUGUACAGGAAGGAAGAAUGACGUUUCAAAUGUUUCUUCCAUUUCCCAGAGUAUGGGAACUAGCACUAGCAAUUUGGUCUUCCCGGAGCUAACUAUUAGUCCAUUGAGAAGGUUUCAGUUGAUUGACUCUGAUUCUGACGAACCUUCCCAAAGUGAAGUCAUGGAAAAAGAAUCAGAUCAUGUCGAUUCAACUUUGAGCGGUAUUCAACGGAAUAGUGGUGCAGAUUUAAGUUGCCAGAGAAAUGCAGGACCUUCUGCUGGAACUUUGAAGACUAAAGAUCUGUGGGAAGACUUCUGUUCAGAUAAGACUUUUAAUAUUGCUACACCUGCUCUUGAUGAGGUUUGUGAAGAAUAUUUCAAAUCCGUAAAAGAUGGUAAAAGAACUCAGAGUAGCAACAGUGGUUUAACUGAAAGUAGCAUGCGACCUCAGGGCCUUCUUCUCCCUGCUCACUGUUACUUUUUCCAUAAGGAUCCAAGAAUCCAAAAGCUAGUUCGUGAUCGUUUGCCUAACUUUUUUCCCUUGGGUGCUGAGAACAUUCUUGGACAAAAGCAAGAUGAUGCAUCAGUUAUAGAUUACAUGGGCCAAUUUUGUCAUGAAGGAGGCUCUAAAAAGACUUCUCAGAAAUCUGCUGUUGUGACAAAAUCUAGAAAGGGCAGAAAGAAUGUGAAACAAACAAAUUCUGUGGAAGAAUCACAGGGAUCCGAGAGAUGGGUGAACCCUAAGAGCUCUGCUGGUAUUCCAAAAGAUGCUGGCAGGAGAAGGGUGCAGGCAGUUGGCAAAUCAGCGGGUCAUUGGUACACAACUGGAGAUGGAAAGAAAGUUUACGUUGCCAAAAAUGGGCAGGAGUUUUCUGGUCAAAGCGCAUAUAGAUGUUAUAGAAAGGAGAGUGGAGCUGGAUUUAAAAAGUCAACAAAGAAGGCUACUGGCAAAAGGAAAGCAACUUCAAAGAAGAAAUAGAGCUCCUUGUAGAAACGCGGUCCGUGGUUCAUGUUAAUAUGUUUGGAAAAAGAAAUUUUGAUCAACCAAAGUAUUGUAUACUAGUAGUUUGUUUUCUAUGACGACAGAUUAAUACA